GAACCAACAGGGUUCUAUACGUACAGGCGCAAACCAACAACAGGCGUCCGGCACUGAGGUCGCGGAGGUACAGUUUAAAGGGAUGACCCUGAAUGACAAAAGGCCGGCCCACAGCCAACCGUCCACUGAUAUGGUCAAGGUCACGACUUCCACAAGGUCACAGCAUCCACAAGGUCGUCCUCAAAGUCAUGAUCUUCCUACUGCAGACAUACCCAGGCAGUGCACAUCCCACCUGCAGGAAGGAGACAAAGCUGUACAGAGGGGAGACCUGGACUCAGCAGAGCAGCACUUUGCAGAGGCACUCAGACUUGUACAUGUCAGAGAUCCAACUGCUCUAAUGUGUGAAAAAGAGGUUUCACCGCUGCACAAGUUGGGCGAUGUCUACUGCAGGCGAGGCUGUCAAACAGGAGACGGGGGAGACUUUGUCAAGGCGGCAGCACUCUACCAUGCGGCACUAGCCAGGUCUAGGAAAAGAGCUUUGAAACGUAAGAUUAACAAAGCAGUUGUAGAAGCAGAAAGACAGUUUCUCCAAUAUGGCUUAGGUAUAGAUAUUAUAACAGAAAGCAUGUAUGGCAGUAACACUCUUACACACAAGGACCAGAUCAGGAAAAUUCGAGAUCAAAUCAAACAGGAGAUGGAAACCAUUGACCAAGACUUGAACCCCUACAUACAUGAUGAGGAAAGUCAGUCAGCAAGAGAGAUAGAAGCCAAGCGAGCUGACGCUGUCAGAAAGUUGUUUGAGAAAAUUGCUGAAGAAAGAAAAGAGUUCAUUGGGCAGCUAGUAGAUGAGUGUAUCUCAGUGAUGCGUCCCCCUCCCUGUAAGUAUGCCCUGAUAGGUUUGGGUUCACAGGCCACAGGACUGGUAACUCCAUACUCAGACCUGGAGUUUGCUAUCUUGGUAGAGGACGAAAAUGACGCAAAUGUCGCGUAUUUCCGUCGACUGACUCACUACCUGCACCUCAAAGUGGUCAACCUGGGAGAAACCAUUCUCCCAGCACUGGGUAUUGAGUCCCUGAACAAUUUUUACUCAGACGACCCACUAGACAACUGGUACUACGACUCUGUUACACCACGUGGGUUUGCAUUUGAUGGGUCCAUGCCAAAGGCAAGCAAGACUCCACUGGGUAGGCAGGGAACUAUGAAUGAACCAUCUAGUGAACUUAUCCACACACCAAGGAACAUGGCUGGUAUCUUAGAAACAGACUUUUCACUGUACCUGGAGGAAGGGUAUCACCUCUGUAGUGUGUUGAGAAACGUUUCCUUUGUGGUAGGCGAGGGUAGUUUAGUAGAUGAAUAUGUUGAGAUCGUCACUAACAAACUGAAGGCUCGAGAUGGAGAGAUGGCUCAGCAGCUGGCAAUGGAGAUCAUCCAUGAAAACGUGGCAAAAGCUGAAGAUCUAAGACUGACUUCUCUCCUCAUUGAUGUGAAGAAAGAGAUCUACCGAUUUCCAUCUGUAGCGGUGGACUGUUUGGCACUCUGCACAGGUAUUCUACCAACCACGGUGUGGGAAACAAUUGACGAAAUGGAAGGUGGGAAAGUUCUCAGUGUAGAAAAUGCUCAUCACCUGAAGGUUCUGGUCAGCAUCUCAGCAGAGCUCAGACUGAGAACCUACAUUGCAAACGGCGGCCAAGAAAACCUGUCAGCCUUGUCAGCCAUGCCAGCACCACUGGGUGAUAGUGAGGAACAAACCGUUCAGUUGCAAAAGGUGUUCUACAUUUCUAAUGUUCAUCAGCUGUUCAGGUAUUAUUUCUCAGCAACCCCUCUGAAGAAGUUGUUGUCAAGUAAACAAGCAUCCUCUGGGCUCAGGCGUCUGCUGAAAAACACCAGAUUAUUUGAGAACUCUCCUGUAGAAAAAGGAAUGAUGUACAUCAGGCUGGGGUACAACAAUGAGGCUGUCGAAUGUUGUGAAAAGGCAUUGGAUAAAAGCAUGGACGUGUCAGCAAGAGCAGAAUUACUGUAUAUGCUGGGGCUUGCUUGUCAGAACAUGGGAGAUCAUGAGAAAGCCAUUGGAUACUUUAACCAAACAAAUCAGCUGUUCCUAGUAUUCAACUUUUUAAGUAUAGAACACCCCAAUAUUGCCAUGUCACUGAUAAGGCUAGGCUCAUCCAGGUAUGAACUGGGUGAUUAUGAGGAAGCAAUCAGCUACUUUCAGGAAGCACUGAGCAUAUGUAGGGAGAUUUACGGACGCAGCAAGCCACACUCAAUCAUUGCCACCGCACUAUCAUUUCUGGGGUUGGUCUUUCAAAAGCUUGGAGACCACAGAAAAGCCCUGGACUACUUUGAAAAGGCAUUGGAGAUGAGUGGAAGGGUCUAUGGUACCACUCAUCCUGACAUUGCCACAUCAGUUCACAAUGUUGGUUUAGCUUGGAAUGAUAAGGGUGAUUAUCACAAAGCCAUCAGUUUCUUUGAACAAGCUCUGAGGAUGAGGAGGAGUUUGUUUGGUCAGAUAUCAGCCCAUCCUGAUAUUGCUGUGUCUUUUCUUAGCCUGGGUUCAACCUGGCACGAACUUGGGAAUCCCCAGAUGGCUAUCAGCUACAAGGAAAUGUCAGUGAACAUGUUCAGAGCUGUCUAUGGAGAGACACAUCCUAAGGUUGCAUCCUCACUCACCAACCUAGGAGCAUCCUGGAAUUACCUGGAUAAAAAUCAGGCAUACAUGUAUCUACAACAGGGACUAAACAUGACCAGAGCUAUCUAUGGUGAUUCACAUCCUGACACUGCGAAUGCUCUUCACAAUCUUGGGUCUGUUUGGUGGAGCGUGGAUGAACAAGACAAGGCAAUCAGCUGCUACGAAGAGUCUCUUCAGAUCAAAAGGAGGAUCUGUGGUCCAGAUAAACCCCAUCCUGACAUUGCAGGCUGUCUCAACAACCUGGGAACAGCUUGGAGUGAACUGGGCAAUGAUAUUAAGGCAAUGGAGUACUAUGAAGAGGCUCUACAGAUGUACAGAAGUAUCUUGGGUCGAGGAAUAGCACAUUCUAACAUCGCAAACAUCCUAAAUAACCUAGGAGGAGCCUGUGAUAACCUUGGUAUUCAUCAAAAAGCACUGAAAUACUUUGAAGAGGCGCUGGAAAUCUACCAAAUUGCCUUUGGCCCUGGAACAGGACACCCUCGGAUUGCAGACACACUGAAUAACGUGGGGACUGCCUGGCUUUGUUUGGGCGACUACAAACAAGCCAUGGACUACUUAGAACAGGCCCUGCAGAUGCACAAAGCUGUCUAUGGUGAAACUACAGCUCAUAGAGAGAUUGCCGCCUGCCUCAGUAACUUGGGACAUGCAUGUAGUAGCCUGAGGGAUUACGAAAGAGCACUGGGCUACUACGAACAGUCACUGCAGAUGUUCCACGCUACUUUUGGUGGAGACAAAGCAAAUAUCUGCAUUAUAAACACACUGCAUAAAAUGGCAGAAUCCUGGAGAGCCAUCGGUAAUCAGAAAAAGGCUAUCGACUACUUUAAACAGACACUGCAGAUGUUCCAGUCCAUGCAUGGUACAGCGCAUCCUAACAAUGCCCCCACACUCAACUAUAUUGGAAUUGCAUUGCUUCGCCUUGGCGAGAUGAGAAAAGCCAUUGAUUGCUUUGAGAGAGCUCUGCAGAUGCAGAGAAACGUGUACGGUGCUCGUGCAGAAAAUCUUAGCAUCGCUUCUUCACUCAAUAACCUGUCCUCGGCCUGGGCUGCACUGGGUCAUAAUCGAAAAGCGAGAGGGUACGCAAAUCAGGCGAGACGAAUGAGAAACAAACUAGCACGUCAGUAG